AUGACGGAUUUCCUGGAGAGUUCCGUAAAUUCUAAGAUGGGGUCCAAUUUUAAACUGGAGAAUGGAGACAUAACGACCAUCACAAUACCAGAAGAUGAACUUAAUUCCGUGAACGCACAGCUGGAUGCCAUACUGGAAGCGGAGAGGGUGUGCUGUCCAGCACCCCUGCUGGUACCUAAGAAGGAGCCGAUGUCUGUAGAGUGUGGAGUGCCAAACGACACGAAGCCGGAGACUGCAGCAUUGGUUCCACUUAUACCAAAGGAAGAACCACAAGAAGAUUCUGUCGGGGCAGCGUCAGACGGUUCGUGGUUUGUCCAGGACAUCAGUGAAAACCGAAGCGGAAUCCAGAACAGAGGCUCGAGUGGCAACCUAGCUGCCGGGCUGUUUCCUACCUCACUGCACCUCCCGGGACCGCAGGCCGACGGCCGACACCGCUGCGUCAGCUGCGAGGCGUCGUUCGAGACGGCGGCGGCACUCGAGGUGCACGCAAAGUCACACGCCGGUGACCUGCGCUGCGGAGUGUGCGCGCGGCCCUUCCUCCGUGCAGACAAGUUGCGGGCACACGCGCGGGUACACACCGGUGAGCGGCCGUACCGCUGCGGUGUCUGCGGCAAGUGCUACAAGCAGUUCGACUACCUCAAGAUCCACGCGCGCGUGCACACGGGCGAGCGGCCGUACGCCUGCGACUCCUGUCCCAAGACGUUCGCGCGUGCCGACAAGCUCAAAGUGCACCGCCGCGUGCACACGGGCGAGUGCCCGUACCGCUGCCAGGCGUGCGGACGUGCCUUCAAACGGCUCGACAACCUCAAGUCGCACUCUCGCGUACACACGGGCGAGCGGCCCUUCGGCUGCCGCACCUGCGGUAAGGCCUUCGCGUCCUACGAGAAGCUCAAAGUCCACUCUCGUACGCACACGGGCGAGCGACCUUAUGCCUGUGAGGUAUGCCAGAAGACGUUUGUCAGCUCGGGUAACCUGCACGAACACCGGCGGGUGCACACGGGUCGGAAGCGCUACUCGUGCGGUGUCUGCGGUGACUCGUUCGGCACGGCCGGCCGGUUGAGGGUGCAUUCGCGUUCCCACGUCUACCUAGCCACAGCCGUAGUUGAAGCCGUGCAGGCCCUGGUGUGAGGGACACGGGUUCUUCACGAUGACAGUGUGUUCUGUGCACCUCACAGUCCUACCGGUGCAGCUCGCCGAGUACAAAAC